CGGGGCUCCCGGAGCUGUCCAUGGACGCUGGUGCUGAGCCGGCUCCGGCGCUGCUCGCCCCUUGAAUCUGCGGCGUCCGGCUCCUCCCCGCGCACCCCCGGGCGGGCCCGGCCGGGCCAUGCCGCCGCCUCCCGCCGCCGGGGAGCCCGCCCCAGCGCGUUAAGCCGCCAAGUCCCGCUCGGGCCCGGCCCCGCGCCUGCCCGCCGGGCUGCAGCGGCGGGUGACUGCGGCAGGCGGGCCCUCUUCGCUUCGCCCCGCCAUGGCCUCCCGGCUGCUGCGGCUGCUGCUGCUGGCGGCGCUGUGCGGCCGGGCCCCGGGCGGGGAGGUGGCGGCGCCGCUGGCCGAGCUGCGCUCGCAGAUCUCGGGCGUGGAGUCGCUGCUGGAGGAGUUCCGCCGCCAGCUGCAGCCUGACGAGGCCGGCGGGGACCGCUGCCGGGGCGGCGCCUUCUCCGCCCGGCCCGACGCCAUCAUCCGCACCAAGGACUCGCUGGCGGCGGGCGCCACCUUCCUGCGGGCGCCGGCCGCCGUGGCGGGCUGGAGGCAGUGCCUGCAGGCCUGCUGCGCCGAGCCGCGCUGCUCGCUGGCCGUGGUGCAGCGAGCCCGGCCCCCGGGCGAGCCGGGGGCGCUGAGCUGCUACCUCUUCAACUGCACCUACCGCGGCCGCGCCGUCUGCCGCUUCGCUCCGCACCGCGGCUACAGCAGCUACAGCCUGGGGCCCGCCAACCUCACCCAGCUGCUCGCCCACGGCCCCCGCGGGAGCCCGCUCCCCGCCCUCACCCAGGCAGCAGAAAAUGACAAGCCUCCACACAGCAAGGCAGGCCAAGAUAUUGUGCUGCAGUCACCAGUAGACUGGGUGAUUUUGGAUGGCCGAGAAAGCUUAGAUGACCAUGGAAUCAUACAGUAUGAGUGGACUUUGCUGCAAGGUGACUCAUCAGUUGAUAUAAAGGUACCACAGCCAGGAACAUUGAAGCUCUCUCACUUGCAAGAAGGUGUAUACAUUUUCCAACUGACUGUGACAGACACUGCUGGUCAGAAGAGCUCAGAUAAUAUCUCUGUGACUGUUCUUCCAAUGGUUCACUCUGCUUUAGGCUGUACUGGAGUUUGUUCUCGCUACCAGUUUAUCUGUGAUGAUGGCUGCUGCAUUGACAUCACCUUUGCUUGCGAUGGAGUGGAACAAUGCCCGGAUGGAUCUGAUGAAGCUUUCUGUCAGAACUUCAGUCCUGGCCGAAAGACAGUAACUCAUGCAGCUAUCGGCACUGCCCAGCAAAGGAUCGUAGGACUGACUAAAGAUGCAGACAACUCUGUGGACACCCAGAAAAACACUAUAAGAAAUCAACCACUACUUUCACUUGAUGCAGACAAGUCUAACCAAUCACUCUCUCAGGGACCAAAGAAACAAAUCAGUGGGUUUAUGCCAGAGCAGUGCUUAGUGCCCCCCGCUGCCGGCCCUUGUAAAGGGCACUUCCCUCGCUGGCACUUUGAUAUUUCUUCAGGCACUUGCCUACAUUUCAUCUAUGGUGGCUGCAAAGGGAAUGAAAACAACUUCCUUCAAGAAUCUGACUGCCUCAGUGAAUGUGUAGAAAUUCAUGGUGCAAUUUCACAACAGACUGCAACGGAUCUGUCAUCUCAAUCCAAUUCAGAGCCAGCUAAUAGUUCCUCAGGGAAAAGGACAGAUAAGAACGAAAAUGGCAUUGUUGUGUCAAAAAGUGAUCAGGCUACAGGGGGGCAUCCAGUCCCAGAAACAGGUGCUGUGCUACCCCUGGCUUUAGGCUUGGCCAUCACUGCUUUGCUGCUGCUUAUGGUUGCCUGUCGGCUGCGUUUGGUGAGACAGAAACUUAAAAAAGCACGCCCCAUUACGUCUGAGGAGUCUGACUACCUCAUAAAUGGGAUGUAUCUAUAAAGAUGGGAUUUAGGUUGCUUGUUUUCUCCACUACGCAGUUUUCCAUAAGCCUCUGCCUCCAGCAAAUGACUCUCUCUUUAAUAAGACUUCAAGCUUUAAAAAAAAUAAAUAAAUAAACCUUCUAGAAAUAUCUCUUUAAAGUCUGCAAGGUGAGAAACAUGUUUGCCCCCUUUGGUUAUAUAGUAGGAUUUUUCUAUUAAUUACCAAGUCCAAUUAGUAAUUUGGAUUAAAUCCUGCUGUAGGUUUAAAAAAAAAAUCAAUGCAGGCUAUGCCUGAAAAUAACCAUGUUUUUAUCAUAUGCAGAAAAUGCUGCAGGUUGGAGAGGCCACCACUGGAUGGCAGAAUAUCUUAGUCUUACACCUCAUUUACUCCCAUCCAGGAACACAGCUGGACAUAGUUGUGUUUCAUGUCUGACAGUAGCCCAGGAUUAGAGUAAUUGGGAUACAGCAAAUCAGGACAGAGAUACAUUGACAGAACUGUGUAGGAAAGCAGCUAGUGUCAGUCAACACCUUGCCUUGCUCCUCACUGGUGUCAGAAGAGUUGCCCUCUAAAAUAUAAACAUUGUUGUUCAGCAUGUUAAUUUACCAUCUGAGGAAGAUUUGCGCACCUGUUAAAAAUGCAGCUUAUGCACUGGAAAUAUUUUCGUCAGAAGUUUGUCUCUUUGUUAAUUAAUAGCAAUCUUUAUCUAAGCAAAGUGCCACCUUUUGAAUUGCAGUUUUGAUUUUUAAAAAGUAUUCCCCAUUCUGCAUAGCUUAAAUCCCUUUACAGCUAGGACUCAAAAAUGCAAACACGUAACAUUCCAAUGAAAAAUAUCAGCACAUGUUUAGACCUACUCAGUGCCAACAGCACACGUGAGAUCAUGGGACUGUCCCCUCCCCCAAAGCUCAUAGCUUGUUCACCUUUUCCAUCCCUAACCCAACACACAGAAUUUCUAAAGAGAUACAUGCAAUGACUUUGGUUUGUGCUUUAGCCUGGUCAUACCUUUGUUAGAGAGGACAGGAUUUGUUCUAUUCAGUGUUGUCGGUAAUAAGUGAAGUUAGUUCCAGCCAGUCUUACACAAUUAGUGCUACUGUGGCUUCUACUUCAGUGGGCUUGAUACUCAGGACUAAACUUUCCAUAUAAAUAUAGAUGAGACGUUCCUGCUUCUGGAGAAAUUUAAGAAUCUUGUCAAUUGAACCCUUAGCUCCCAGCAAAGCUUUAGUGGCUAUCCCAAUAAAAAUUUCCUAGAACUAGAGCAAGUAAUUGAUGUGUGAAUGAAUUUAAAAUGUGCUAACAGUAAAAUGUGUUCAAUACAUGUUAAAUAUAUACUGUGCUGCUUAUCCUGUUUGUCUGAACGUGCAAGGGUGUCACAUCCAUCAAGUGUCCCAGUAAAAAAAUCAAGACAGAUGAGGUAUGCAUCUUUUUGUAUGUCGUCCUUUGUACUUCAAGGAAUUAAAGUCAAUUUGAAUAUUGCUGUGGUAUACAAAUCACUAAUCAAAAAGCCCAUGAUGUUCAAGUCUUGAUUACCUUUAUGAAAAAUAAUAGCGAUAAUAAACCUAUUUUAUUCUUAAA